ACUGGAAACUAUUAGUGUAUGAAUUUAACGUUUCAUCUUGCAUACCUAGUACAUAGUAAUCAAAGUUUAAGAGAUGAUUGUUCCUCGACGCGAAAUGCUUGUAAACAACUGCUGGUUUUAUGUUGUCUUAAGCCUCUUAGGACCUCUAAAUGCAGACAUUUAAUGCUGUACACUUUAGGCGCAGUUUCAGAGAGUUCGUUACAAAAGUUGAGUGUAACGCUUUUAGAACCAUACUCUUUCAGUUCCCAGCUUAGAUUUCCAAUCUGCCGCGAUAUAAAUUAUUUCUAUUUGUUGAUCGUAUUUUGUCAAUAAAUUCCAUAUAGAACACAUAUUUCACUGAAAUUUUGCUGUCACGCAACUUCUUGGCAUACUUUGUGAAUUAGCUCAGAUUUUUUAAUCACUAGUUUGAAAUUCGACUUCGAAUGUGAUGGAUUACGGGACAUAUACGGAAAACACGUAUGAUAGCGACUUUAUUGAUGAAGAUAUUGAGUCACGUUUAUACAGUGCAGUUUUCUUUGAAACUUCAAACUACACACCCAAGCCAUAUGGUUUAGUAUCAAAACAAACUCACCCUGAUUUUAAUGGUUCUUCAUUUUCACAUCAAUCAAAACCUUGUAAAAGUCCUGUUGCAGAACAUGUUAAUGACAGUACCGAUGAUCCAUUGAAUUCAUUAACAGCUUCUGUUCCUGACAAAACAUUUCCGUUUGAGGAUAAUUGUGAAAAAAAUGAUGAAGGAAAUUUAAGCUCAUCAUCAAGUUCUGGUUGUAGCAUCCUUCUGUGCUGUGACGACUCUUCUCAAACUGUAAUCAGUACUCAGGGUGUUGUUCUUGGUGUUUCUCAUGAUACACUACUACAUGUUCGAAAUGAGGAUGGUUCUUCAGAAGUACUAAAACAGGUGGUAUCCAACUCUGACUCUGGUUUAUGGGAAAUAUGUAACGCUGAUAGACAUUCAUCACAAUCCGCUGGUGGUCGAUAUUUCAACAGUUCAGAUAAUCAAUUGUGUUCAGAAUGCGGAGGUAGAAGAUGGAGAAUGCAUAAAUGUCGUGUUUGCUGCAUAUUUUGUGGUGAAGAGGGACACGAAAAAAGUGAAUGUGAUAAAAUCUAUUGUUAUGCUUGUUUGGCACCUGGUCAUACAAAAGAUACUUGUCAUUUGUUAACGGAUCUUAAAAAAUCUAUUGCAAGCGAUGUGGUCAGCAGGGACAUAAUUCAACGCUGUGUACCGAAUUAUGGAGACAGUACAGAAACACUACUAAGGAAGGUAAGCCAGUACGUUUAUACUGCGGCGUAAAAUCCAAAGGUUGUUGCAAUUGCGGACGAAGAGGUCACACAGUGGAAGUAAGUAUAAUAUGUAGGUGGUUUCUGUUUCCCAGAUAUUUUUUUUAAUGGUCAUUUGAUCCUCUUCAUAUAUUUUUAAUCCGAAUUUUAUACUGAUAGAUAUUUUGUAGAUAUAGAAGUUGAUUGGUUGACUAGAACAGCACAAAGUUACCAUAACUGCACACCACGUAAAAGAUGUUGAUAGAAUGAACGGCCAAACAACAACUGGGUCGAGGAGUAAUAAGAUGUCGAAUUCUAAAAAGAUAAAGCAUCAAUGUAUUCUUCCUGUAAAAAACCAUAUUUUGC